GGCCGCGCUGAAGGUGAGGCGCGGGCCCGGGGCUCCUUCCAGUGACACUCGGGCAGCGAUGGCGGCGGCGAUGCUGGGCGGCCGGGAGGGCGCGAGGCUGCUGCAGGUUUUGAAAUACACAAACCGGGGUUAUGCAUCACAGCGUACUUUAAAUGAAGUGGUCAUAGCAAGUGCAGCACGGACUCCCAUUGGAUCUUUCCAGGGAUCCCUUUCAUCAUUGCGAGCCACUGAACUUGGUUCUGUUGCAAUUAAAGGAGCAAUUGAAAGAGCAGGUAUUCCUGCAGAAGAAGUGAAGGAAGUGUAUAUGGGUAAUGUCCUGCAGGCUGGACAAGGACAAGCUCCAGCAAGACAAGCACUACUGGGUGCAGGUUUACCAAUCUCUACUCCUGCUACAACUAUCAAUAAAGUUUGUGCUUCUGGAAUGAAGUCUGUCAUGAUGGCAGCACAGAAUCUGAUGUGUGGAAAUCAGGAUGUGAUGGUGGCUGGCGGGAUGGAGAGCAUGUCUAAUGUUCCCUAUACAAUGAACAGAGGGGCAACACCUUACGGAGGAGUAAAGCUGGAAGAUUUGAUUGUAAAAGAUGGCUUGACUGAUGUUUACAACAAAAUCCACAUGGGUAAUUGUGCUGAAAAUACUGCUAAGAAGCUUACUGUUUCACGAGAGGAGCAAGACACUUAUGCUAUAAAUUCUUAUACUAGGAGCAAGACAGCCUGGGAAUCAGGAGAACUGACAAAGGAAGUUGUUCCUGUCACUAUUUCACAAAAAGGGAAACCAGAUAUAGAAGUGAAAGAAGAUGAAGAGUAUAAGCGUGUUGAUUUCAGUAAAGUUCCAAAACUGAAGACUGUUUUUCAAAAAGAAAAUGGAACAGUAACUGCUGCCAAUGCCAGCACGCUGAACGAUGGAGCAGCUGCUUUGGUUGUGAUGACUGCAGAGGCAGCCAAGAGACUUAAUGUCACACCACUUGCAAGAAUAGUGGCUUUUGCAGAUGCAGCUGUUGAUCCUAUUGACUUCCCAAUUGCACCUGCGUAUGCUGUUCCCAAGGUUCUUAGUGAUGCAGGAUUGAAAAAGGAAGACAUUGCGAUGUGGGAAAUCAAUGAAGCAUUCAGCGUUGUAGUCUUAGCCAAUAUUAAAAUGCUGGGUAUUGAUCCUGAGAAGGUGAACAUACAUGGAGGUGCUGUGUCUUUGGGACAUCCAAUAGGAAUGUCUGGAGCGAGAAUUGUUGCUCACAUGGCCCACGUGCUGAAGCAAGGACAGUAUGGUCUUGCAGGAAUUUGUAAUGGAGGAGGUGGUGCUUCUGCGAUUCUGAUCCAAAAGUUGUAGUCUGGCUGGCUGUUGAAAAUACCAAGCCUUAAAAUUAUAUGAGCAAAAUAAUCUGA